AUGAAGUCAGUCUUCCACGAGGUCCGCUUCAAGAUCAAACCUUUGGUCAUUUACAACAUCUUCGCCGACUAUCCUUACCGCAUUGAGGCUGCAGUUCGAGUCGGCGAACCAUUCAGCACGCAAGGUCUUCUGACUUGUGCUUACCGAGGUGCUCCUGAUCCUGCCACUGAAUCAGACUCUGCCAUGGACGAAGACGGACCAGAGGACACAGACAACUCUGGUACGUCUGAAGCUGCAAAUCUUGAUACGGUCGAGGGGUUAAAUGGUCCUGAUUCCCCAACAGGGACGCAAACAAAUGGAUGGCAUGACGAAGACGAAGAUGACCAUGUGGGGAAGGGAGAUGACUACUCACGACCUAAUUGUACCACUAUGUGA